AUGGAAUACCCAAAAAGCAUCAAGAUCAAGCGCACUGCGCAACAUCCCUGUAUCAUUGUAAUUAUUUGCUUUGAGAAGGGAAGAGAUGGUACAUCGAGAUUAAGCGCUUGGAAUAGGAUGAGGAAGAUGCUUAUAAACACACCCCUGUUUAUCGCUCCAGCCACAUGUACUGAGAACGCAAGCUUGACUGAAGCUGCUAGUAUCGAAACACAGCAGCCAUGGCUUACUUUCCUCACUGAACUUGCUUCGAAACCAAACUGCGAGAAAAUGGUAUCAGAUGUUGCGAACAUGCUGAAAAACUUUCUCCUCUCUGACAGUGAGAAUGCUGCUUCAGAAACUGCCAAGCAAAUAAACAAUUACACGCUCUUUGGCACCCUUACAAGAAGACAUCUUAACUUUGUAUUUCAAACGAUAUACAACCUAGCGGCACUGAUACCAUAUGAAGAUCACAAGCAGGAGAUGUUGCUGCAGCUCAUCGUUGAGCUUUUGAAGAUGUCGAGCAGAUCGAUCACGCAGCCGGAUGGCAAGAUGGUCGAUGAAGGCACUAUAUACUAUGACAUUAAUAUGGAACUAAAGCACGAUAUGUGGAAUGCGAGACAUGUGGAUGAGUUCGAUUUAGAUCAUAAAACUCAAGAUAAAUAUACUCAGGGAUGUAUUGAGUGGAUUAAUCUCUCUAAAUUCUAUGCUCGCUGUAUUGCGGAGGAUCUCGAUGAUCAUGAUGAUAGGGCAUGCAAAUUCCCCGGUUAUGAUAUUCCUGAAGCUUUGGAGCAGCAAUUCGAGUACACGCCUGGAAUAGAUACAGAUUUCAGGGUCAUGGUAGCCACGCAGUAUAUUAUUAUUGCUGGAGAGAAGAUCCGAGAGGACAAUAUCAAAUGGUGGGAUGAGCAUGCACCGACCUGGGAAAAGAAUUUGGAGCAAUUGGAGAAUAGUUAUGAAAAUGGGUUUCCGGAAGUUGCUCCUCGUUUUGAGACACCACCCGGAGAGAAAGAACUCAUUGGAACGGGAGACUUGGGUAUGGAUAUUCUAGGAUCUGUGAAGGAUGCGAGGAAGAAAUUGAGAGCGUUGCGAGAGUUGCGAGAGGGAGCUUCCGAGCAGGGGAGCGAGGAAACUGCCGACACCCUGGUUAAUAGUGAAAAUCCAGCAGAGAAGGAUGAUGAGUAG